CAGUGGAGAAUCAGGACCAACACCCUCUUGCCACCCAUCAGCCCAAGAGCAGCAUGAAGAGACCACCUCCCAUAUCCCCUGUCUCUGGACCCAUAGAGACAUGAUGGUUGGGGCAGCCCCACUGCUCCUGCUGCUUUUGCAGCUAAUGGGCUCCCAAGGCCAAGGGCCUGAAGAAAUGAAUUUGCAGAAGGGGAGGACACUCAUACUGAGAUGCAGAUACAAUUUCCAAAUAUAUGAGAUGAGGUGGAAAACCUGGUGUAAGUGGAGAGAGAAUGGCAGGGUGUGUGAUAGACUAAUUACAAAGAACUCAGUCUCUCUUUUGAAAAUCUGGGACCCACGAGCCUCCCUGCAGGAUGACCCCAACACUGGCAUCAUCACCAUCACCAUGUCUGACCUCAGUGUGAAGGACUCAGGAAUCUACUCAUGUGGCAUCUAUUCCUCUGUCAGCAACACUAUUGAGGUUAUCAGGAGAAUCAGCCUCCAGAUUUCUCCAGAUCCAAACAGGAGUUCCACCAACUAUUCUCAACCUAUCUCCCCUGUGACCAUCAGCAGUUCCCCAUUUAUCCAGGUACUGUGUGGGCUCAUUGUGACCAAAGGCCUAGUCUUCACAGCUCUGGUUAUUCUCCUGAGCAGGUGCAGGUGUCCAGUUAUGUCAUUGAUUCUGCCCAUGGGGCUGGGUUCUCUGCCUAGACCUCUGUCCACUGUGGAUUUGGAUGAGAAGUGAAAACAGGGAAAGGAAAGAGCCACUUAGAGCUUUCUCAGCAUCAAAAUGGCCUGGGAUGAAAUGAAUUCAUUUCAAUGUAUAUCCCAACCUGAUCCAUGUUCCUGCCAUCCUCAGCUUGGCCCAGGCCACAGGCAAUGAGGGGCUUUCCCUAUCAGCACAGGGGAUCCAGCCACCAUAACAUGCUGAUUCCCUUCCCAGAUCCUUGAAGCCCUUUGCCUGCACUUUCAGCUUUGGAUGGACCUUACAGCUCACCUCUUUUUUCCUCUUGUGAUAAGAACACAUCCCCCCACCAUGUCUAUUCCUGACUUUGUAAUUGCUCUGUAGAUGGGUCAGUCUAUCUCUCUUAGGCCUUAGAAUGGCUCCUCCUAGCCUUUGAAAUGAAGUUCAAAUUCCUGGUACUCAAGGCCUCUCCUGGUAUGGCCCUCAAUUAUUGAUCCAUAUUUCUUUCUCAAUAUUUCUCUACAGUAACUUUCCCCUAUAGCCAGACUGGGCUCUUCACAUUCUGUAGAACAUCAUAUAGAAAUCAAGUAUAAAUGGGGUCCACUAACCUAUACAUGAGGCUUCCUGUGUGCUAUGUUCUGACUUACAAAAAACAAUCAAUAAAGGUAUCUACAGCA